AUGGGGUCACACGCCGUGUGUCCUUCUGUGUCUGCUUCUCUCUCUGAGCGUCGCGUGUUCAGCUCUCGUGACUCGUGCUGCCGUGGACAUUCAGGAGUAAGCGUCUGUGUGGACACAUGUCUUCAUUUCUCCCAUGUGGUCACAGGGCUGAAGUGCCAGGUGGUCCUCGGCCGGACGCCGUCUCCCGGGGUCUGCCCCACGCUGGCUCUGGGGCGCGGUGAGCUCUCUCGGGCACCGUGGCCAGCUCUGGGGCCCCUGAAGCCAUGGGGGGCUGCUCCUCCAUCCUCCAGGACCCCCACGGGGCCUGCACGGGAGCCCAGCGCCCUGUGGACCGCAGACACUGACGAGGUGGAGGCCGGGCUGCAGCGUCCACCCCGGGGGAGGUCGGCGUCUCUCGACUGGCCUCCUGUCGCCUUGGGCACCCUCCCCGGGGCUCUGCGCCCGAUGCGCACACGGGAGGUCCUGCUGCCCCAGGUGGCUGUGGGUGAUGCUCACCGGAGGCCGGGUUCCCCAGUGCGGCUCUGGGCCCGCGCCCUCUGUCCCCUGGGAAGCCGGGGCAGAAACCCGAACCUCGGCCUCGUUGGGGCCAGUGGGGCCCAGGCCUCGCCCUCCCCCCUCCCUGAGCCGCCCGCCCUGCUGUUGCCACGGAGACGGCAGGACAGGCCGGUCCUCCACCCACCUGGCCCGGGGACCUGGCCCCGUGCGCACCUGGUCAUCAGAGCCCGGGGCGGGGUGGGGCCGGCCCCCCGCAGGUUUCGUUUUGAGCGCCGUCCCUUCCCUUCCUCCCCCGUCCCCUCCCCCAGACCCCCGAGUUCUGGGAAACUCGCUCUCUGCUUCCUCUGAACUCGCUUAACCCGGCCGUAGAGGCCGCCGAGAGGGGGGCCAAGUUCCGCCUCCCGGGCCUGAGGCUUCCUGCCUGGCACACACCUCCGCCCCCCACGGCCUCGGCGGAGCAGCACGCUUCUCCCUACCUUCCAGAAGGUUCUGGGCCCACAUCCCCCUGCCACACCGUCCUAGGCUCUGGAAACAGGAAAUCCGGUGGCUUCAGGGUCUCACCUCUGCUACGGGGAGACGGUGGCCUCCUACCCCGUCAAUUCAGGGAGGAGUUUGGGCCAAAUCAGGCACUGAUGACAUCACCUUGGGGAGGGUCACUCCCUGGGGGGCCGUCCUGGGCGCUGUGGGGGGCCGAGCAGCAUCCCUGGCCCCACCCACUCGAUGCUAGGAGCUCCCCCAGUGUGACAGCCACAGACGUCCCCAGACGUGGCCCAGUGUCCCUGAAUUGAGGGGCAGAAUGGCCCCCAUAGAGACCAAAGUGAUUGCAGGGAGGGGACAGAGCACAGGGGUCAGACCCGCACUGACCGCCCGGCAGCCACUGGCCACUCAGGGCACCGAGCGCUCGAGACGCAGUCGGUCCGAACUGAGACGGGCUGUGAGGGCAAAACAUACGGUGUCACGGAGACUUUUUACCAAAACAAAAGGAUGUCGAGGGCCACCCUGCCCUUUCUCAUGCUGAUAGCGAGGGGAAAUGGUGCUGUUUUGGCUCUCGGGCCACUUUUCCUUCCAUCUCUCCCCGCCUCCACACCCUGCUCCUGAGGAGGGGACGGCCCGGCUGAUGUGCCAGGAGAACCCCUCAGGGGGAAGGGGCAGGGGUCGCCGAGCCCCAGCCGCAGACAGCGGACACUUGGACGGACCCCCAGCAGAGGACCGUGGCUGUGGCGGGGGCCGGGCGACUCCGAGAGCCUCCCGCCGGGCUGUCGGCUGAGCUGCUCCGGGCUCCGGGCACCAGCGGCACCGAGAGGACCAGGCGGGACCCGGGGACAGCGCAUGCGGUCACCUAAAGUGCUGUUUGUUACGAUGAAAGAUUGAGCUGAAAAAAAAAACUCGCGCUGACGAGUCGCUGGAUGUUUUCUUCUAAUCCAAGCAGAAAACAGAGUGAGGGGCCGGCCCGGGGGCCCAGCGGUUAAGUGCACACGUUCUGCUUCAGAGGCUCA